CGCAUGUCAGUGUAUGGUACCGCACACCGGAGUCACAACAACCGACAGCCGUUGACAGUGAGCCGCCGUUAGCUCGGUGACUGUCCGCCUGUCAGGAGGCCCGGGCCGGAGCUGCUGUCUGAGAGUCCGGGGAACGGAGCCGGAGUAGCGGAUGCACGGUGGAGGAGUGGGGGCCAACUUACCGGAGCCACCCCGCCGGAGAGUCGCUGUGUUCGGGUAGAAUGUUAGCAGUGGAGCGGAGCGGAGAGAGCCGCACAGCCGCUGAUUCACACCGAUAACCCGGGUACAGCUCACACUGAGCCCGCACUCACAGACAGAGCCCGCCGCUAACAGCAGCUGGGAACCGGGCAGCUCAUCAAAGCAACCCGCUGCUGAUGGUCCAUCCGCAGGCUGCUAACCGCUGCUAACGUUAGCCUCACAGGCUACAUGCUAACAGGCUAACAGCCAGCUCAGCAGCUCUCUGUCUGUCCGGUACCGGUAGCAUGGAACGGUUAACGGUCACCAUGUUGUCAUCCCGGUAAACGGAACAACACCCAGCAGCUAGCCGCGGAGCUAACCGUCAGCUGUGGAACAUCUGGCCGCAGCCAGCUCUCCGUGGAGCGGCCGAGGAUGGUCGCAGUGACAGCAGCUGUUCUGGAGGAACGGCCUGCCCCCGCUGGAUGUUCUCACAGCUUCACCCCCCCCGCUGGACUCAGGAUCAGCCUCUCUGCGUUCAUGUAAACCGCUCAACCGAGCGUGUCGGUCCUGCUGCGGCGCUCAGACUCCGCGGCAGCAGCGGCAGCGGACGCGGUAGCGGCAGCGGCAGCGGACGCGGACGCGGCAGCCAUGCAGGCGGCACAGCUGCAGUACGACUUCUUCAACGAGGAGAACUCACCGAAAUGGAGAGGACUGCUGGUUCCUUCACUGGAGAAGGUCCUCAACCAGGUGCAUCCUAACCUGGUGUCCCAGCAGGAGGCGCUGCAGUACGUGGAGGAGCUGAUCCUGCUGCUGCUCAGUAUGCUGUGCCAGGCUCAACCCCGAACUGUACAGGAAGUGGAGGAGCGAGUCCAGAAGAGCUUCCCUCACCCGAUCGAUAAGUGGGCAAUCGCCGACGCUCAGGCUGCCAUCGAGAAGAGGAAGAGGAGGAACCCGCUGGCUCUGCCUGUGGACAAGAUCCACCCACUUCUCAAGGAGGUGCUGGGCUAUAAGGUGGACCACCAGGUGUCGGUCUACAUGGUGGCCGUGCUGGAGUACAUCUCUGCCGACAUCCUGAAACUGGCAGGAAACUAUGUGAGGAACAUCCGACACUACGAGAUCUCCCAGCAGGACAUCACUGUGGCCAUGUGUGCCGACAAGGUGCUGAUGGACAUGUUCCACCAGGACGAGGAGGACAUCAGCUGGUUCCCUCUGAUGGACGAGGAGCCGUCGGCCAAUGAGGAGCAGAGUUACUACGAGCUAGUGAGGAGCUUCAUGUCUGACGGCCGACAGUUUGUGAGACAACUGAACCUGCUGAUCAAAGUGUUCAGAGAACCCUUCAACUCCAACCUCAUGCUCUUCUCACAGCACGAUGUGGACAGUAUCUUUAGUCGGAUCGUGGAUAUCCACGAGGUGACGGUGAAGCUGUUGGGUCUCAUCGAGGACACGGUGGAGAUGACAGAUGAAGGAAGUCCUCAUCCUCUGGUGGGAAGCUGCUUCGAGGACCUGGCUGAGGAGUUGGCCUUUGACCCCUACGAGACGUAUGCUCAGGACAUCCUGCGCUCUGGUUUUCAUGAACACUUCUUGAGUCAAGUGUCCAAACCGGGAGCCGCCUUCCACCUCCAGUCUAUCUGUGAAGGUUUUAAAGAGGCAGUUCAGUACGUUCUGCCCAGACUGCUGCUCACGCCUGUUUACCACUGUCUGCACCUGUUUGAGAUCCUUAAGCAACUGGAGGAGAAGAGUGAGGACGAGGAGGAUAAAGAGUGUCUGAAACAGGCCAUCACCGCUCUGCUCAACCUGCAGAGCAGCAUGGAGAGGAUCUGCUCCAGGAGCCUCGCCAAGAGGAGGCUCAGCGAGUCGGCGUGUCGUUUCUACAGCCAUCAGAUGAAGGGGAAGCACCUGGCCAUCAAGAAGAUGAACGAGAUCCAGAAAAACAUUGACGGAUGGGAAGGGAAGGACAUCGGCCAGUGCUGCAACGAGUUCAUCAUGGAGGGUACGCUGACCCGUGUGGGCGCCAAACACGAGCGCCACAUCUUCCUGUUCGAUGGCCUGAUGAUCUGCUGCAAGUCCAACCAUGGACCGCCGCGGCUGCCCGGUGCCAGCUCCACUGCAGAGUACCGGCUGAAAGAAAAGUUCUUCAUGCGCAAAGUCCAGAUAAACGACAAGGAUGACAAGGAGGGUGAGUACCGCCAUGCCUUCGAGAUCAUCCUAAAGGACGGGAACAGCGUGGUGUUUGCCGCUAAGUCCGCCGAGGAGAAGAAUGGCUGGAUGGCAGCGCUUAUCUCAUUGCAAUACCGCAGCACGCUGGAGCGCAUGCUGGACUCGGCCAUGCUGCAGGAGGAGAAGGAGGAGCAGAUGAGGCUGCCGGGAGCCGAGGUGUACCGGUUCGCUGAGCCAGACUCCGAGGAGAACGUCGUGUUCGAGGAGAACGUCCAGUCCAAGUCCGGGAUCCCCAUCAUCAAAGCAGGGACGGUCCUGAAACUGAUUGAGAGGCUCACCUUCCACAUGUAUGCAGAUCCAAACUUUGUCCGAACAUUUCUGACCACAUACAGAUCUUUCUGUAAACCUCAGGAGCUGCUGGACCUCCUCAUGGAGAGGUUUGAGAUCCCAGAGCCGAGGCCCAGCGAGGCGGAUCAGCUGGAGGGAGGAGAGCAGCCGCUCAGUGCCGAACUCAAACGCUUCCGCAAAGAGUUCGUUCAGCCGGUCCAACUAAGAGUACUGAAUGUGUGCCGUCACUGGGUGGAGCAUCAUUACUACGACUUUGAGAGAGACCCUCACCUGCUGAGACGACUGGAGGAGUUCAUCGCUUCUGUCAGAGGUAAGGCGAUGAGGAAGUGGGUGGAGUCUAUCACUAAGAUCAUCCAGAGGAAGAAGCAGGUCCAGGUGAGCGUGCCCAGCCACAGCAUCACCUUCCAGAACUCUCCUCCUCCAAUCGAAUGGCACAUCUGCAAACCAGGAAACAGUGAGCACUUCGACCUCAUGACGCUGCACCCCAUCGAGAUCGGCCGCCAGCUCACUCUGCUCGAGUCUGACUUCUACAGGGCAGUGCAGCCGUCGGAGCUGGUUGGUAGCGUCUGGACCAAAGAGGACAAAGAGAUUCACUCCCCCAACCUGCUGAGGAUGAUACGACACACCACCAACCUCACACUGUGGCUCGAAAAGUGUAUCGUAGAGACGGAAAACCUGGAGGAACGGGUUGCUGUGGUGUCACGGAUCAUCGAGAUCCUGCAGGUGUUCCAGGAACUGAACAACUUUAACGGCGUUCUGGAGGUGGUCAGUGCCAUGAACUCGUCUCCGGUCUACAGACUGGACCACACCUUCGAGCAAAUUCCGAGUCGGCAGAGGAAGAUCCUGGAGGAAGCUCACGAGCUGAGUGAAGAUCACUACAAGAAGUAUUUAGCUAAACUACGCUCCAUCAACCCCCCCUGUGUCCCCUUCUUUGGAAUCUACCUGACCAACAUCCUGAAGACGGAGGAGGGAAACCCAGACUUCCUGCGGCGCCACGGUAAAGAUCUGAUCAACUUCAGCAAGAGGAGGAAAGUGGCAGAAAUCACGGGGGAGAUCCAGCAGUACCAGAACCAACCGUACUGUCUGAGGGUGGAGAAUGACAUCAGGAAGUUCUUCGAGAACCUGAACCCGAUGGAGGACAUGUCUGAGAAAGACUUCGCUGAUCAUCUGUUCAACAAAUCUCUGGAGAUCGAACCUCGAAACGCCCGAUCGUUACCUCGCUUUGUGAAGAAGUACACCUGUCCGCUGAAGUCUCCAGGGAUCCGUCCCACCUCUGCGAGGCCCGGCACCAUGCGACACCCAACGCCACUGCAGAACGAGCCCCGGAAGAUCAGCUACAGCCGCAUCCCCGAUAGCGAGGCGGAGGGUGGCGCUGUGUCCGCCCCAAACUCGCCCCGCACGCCCCUGACUCCGCCCCCCGCCUCCGCUGCCUCCAGCUCCACCGAUGUAGGCAGCGUGUUCGACUCGCCGCAGGGCCCCAGCAGCCCCUUCCACUCCACCUGCGACAGUAUCUUCUCUGUGGUCUCUUUGCCUCACGGUCCACGGUCGUCUUCGGUCUCCUCCAUGGUAAGUUUCAGUCGUGGUUCCGAGGAGGUUCCAGUUCCUCCUCCGGUUCCUCCUCGCAGACGUCCAGAGUCAGCUCCUGCAGAGUCAUCUCCCUCAAAGAUGAUGUCGAAGUUGGACAGCCCCCCCGCUGUCCCCCCUCGUCAGCCCACCUGUAAGCUCCUCCCCCCUCGUUACUCCUCGUCACUGUCGUCAUCGUCUCCCCCUGACAGCCCCCCCUCCCUCCCCCCUCGGGAGCCUCUCAGCUCUCCUCUGCACCUCCUGCCCCCCCCUCAGGGCCGCCCCCGCUGUGACCUCCUCCCUCAGGCCUUCUUCCCCUCCACCACCUCCUCCUCCCCCCCUCCAUCAGCUCCGCCCCCACCGCCUCUUCCUCCCCCCCUCCCUCCCUCCACCCCUGUGACCCCUACCCCCACCUCCAGGAAGAUGCCCCUCCCUUCCCCGCCGCUCCCCCUUCUCCCCAUGGAUGGCCCCCCCGUGCCCCCCCGACACGGUGUCCCCAAACUCCCCAAGACCUACAAGAGGGAGUCUCUGAGCCAUGCCCCCCUGCUGGAUACGCCCCCCGCACUGUGAUUGGACGGCCUGGACUUCCUGAAGGGGCGGGGCUAACACUACACACAACAAGACAAUGGAUGUAAAUCUGAUCGACCAAUCAGGAUCCGGACAAAAUAAAACAUAAAUCAUGUGCUCUUAUUCUGAAAAACUCUGAAAGUGAUUGUGGGGAACACUGGAGAACAUUCGUCUGUCUGUGGUCGCUUUUUCAUUUCUGUCUCAUCAGACCUCCCCGUGCAAAGAGGAUUGUGGGUAACUCAGUGGCCCACAGACUGAAGUGGACUCUAUGGUGGCCUUCAGGUACCGGACCAGAACCAGAGAGGUACUGUGUUGGUUCUGGUGGACCUGAUGUUGUUUCUCUUUGAUUGUUGAUGUAAACAAACGUGAUGAUUGCCUUCGUUAAAACAAGGGAAUAAACAUGGACUACA